AUGCAAGAGCAAUUUGAGCCACUGAAGAACGACUUGCUGCUGAGGGCUGCUCGGGGCGAGAAGGUCGAGCGUCCGCCGAUCUGGGUUAUGCGACAGGCCGGUCGCUACCUCCCCGAAUACCAUGAAGCAAAGGCAGGACGUGACUUCUUCGAAUGCUGCCGCUCGCCGGAAAUCGCCUCGACUCUGACCAUCCAGCCGAUUGACCGCUAUGAGGGUCUGAUUGACGCUGCUAUCAUCUUCUCGGAUAUUCUGGUAAUCCCGCAGGCCAUGGGCAUGGUGGUGGAAAUGCUGGACAAAAAGGGCCCGCAUUUCCCCGAGCCUCUGAAGUCACCAACGGAUGGGCAGUACGAAAAAGUGAUGGCCAAGAAGGUGGACGUCAAGUCGGAGCUUGACUACGUCUACAAGGCGAUCUCGCUCACUCGGUUCAAGUUGAAGGGCCGUGUGCCGCUUAUCGGAUUCUGCGGCGCACCAUGGACGUUGCUAUGCUACAUGGUUGAGGGCGGUGGCAGCAAGAUGUUUGUCCAGUCUAAGACUUGGGUCUACAAGUACCCCACCGAGUCGCAAGCACUGCUGCAGAAGAUCGCUGAGAUUUGCGUGGAAUACCUGGCACUCCAGGUUGCAGCUGGCGCGCAGCUGGUGCAGGUGUUUGACUCGUGGGCCGGCGAGCUGUCGCCCGCUUCGUUUGCCUCCUUCUCCCUGCCUUACCUGCGUCACAUCUCGGCCAACCUGCCGAAGCGAUUGAAGGAGAUGGGUCUGGAGCCCGUUCCCAUGACUGUCUUUGCCAAGGGUGCGUGGUACGCCUUGGACGACUUGUGCCAGUCUGGUUACAACGUUGUCGGUCUGGACUGGCUGCACGAACCCGCCGAGGCCUUCCGUGUCGCCAACGGUCGGGCCGUCAUUCAGGGCAAUGCUGAUCCUGGCAUGCUCUAUGGUGGUCGUCCCGCUAUCACUGCCACCGUGGAGAAGAUGGUUGAGGGAUUCCAGAAGGGCAAGCAAGGCUGGAUUUGCAACCUCGGACACGGUGUCACGCCCUUCGUGGACCCGGAGCACCUCAAGUUUUUCUUCGAGGAGGUUCACCGUCUGACGAAAUAG